CAAGCGUUGCGGAUAUUUGCUUCUGCCCAGCCUUUCAGUGCCAGUCGGCUGUAAGAAUCGCUGUCGCGGGGCGCUUUGGAGCUCGAGCCAGAGUCGCAUUGGGGACGGCGUGGACGAAGCUACAUGUGUCCAACAGUGGGCCCUCCACAAACCAUAAGUAUGAGAGAAGUAUCCACAGCGUCCGUCUUCCUUGCCCUCGUUGCAGCAGCACAAGGAUACGGAUGGAACCCCGACCGUUCACGGCCCGUACCGUCCGCGUCAGACAUGGACGACUGCUGCCGCGGUCCCACCGGCUGCUGCCGCGAAGGUUACCGCUGCGAGCCCAAUUACCGGACGUGCGUGCGUGUGGGUGUAGAACCAAGACCGGGCGGGACUUCUAAGGUGCUGAUAGUGCCCGUCGGAACGAGGCGUCACCAAGGAACUGCGGUCUCCGGCGGAACAACUGGAGGCUGUGGUGGAGGCGGUGGCCACUACUGCUGGGACCACGAGCGCUGCUGUCACAUAUCCCAAUCGGGGGCCCACCUACCCACCAGCGUCCACCCGACAACUUCAUGCUGCACCCGAAGCAGCAGCCGCCAGUGUCCGCGAAUCCGCGGCUGUCAAAGUCCAUUCGGCGUCAACUCGCCCUCCGGUGUUUACAACCAACCCGGCUAUCGGCCCUCGUCAGUGUACCAGAAUCCUCCUGCAUUCAAUUGGGACCGCGAACAGCUGAUGAUGCAGAGGCACACGCUGGUGCCUUCCCCGGGGUCAGCUUUGCUGCCGUCAUGCGGUGGAGGUGUCUUGUUGGCUUUGGGAUGCUUUCUCUUCUGUAGGUGGAGCUGAUCACAGUGAAUGCUUGGCGAGAUCUAAUCUUCAUAUUUAAGACCUAUUUAUGGCUUGAGAUAAAAAUGUGUUUCCGUUGUACGUACUUUGGCAUCGCGAAGCGUGCGUGAGAAAUAAGAUUUCUGCAGCGCCUCUGUCAUCACAACGUGUUGGUUACCCGUUUUUAAACUUUGUCCUCUAUCGCAAGAACAUUGGGUUAAAUAAUGUCUCUGAUUGCUGUGUUUUUCUAUAUAAGCAACCAUGCCACUUGCAAAGGCAAGUUCUACGAAAGAAAUCUUUAUACAAAAAGAGUGCGCAAUAUCACAAUCCUUUUUUUAAUAACUGCAGCCGCCUUAAAUUAUCAUCAUUAUCAAAAAGAACAUCAUCAUUACUAUGUACAUUGUAGAAUGAAGGCCUCUCUUCCAGUGGUCUCUAUUUACCCCUGCCUUGCGUUAGCCGAUUCCAUUCACUAUACAUACAAAUUGCCUGAUCUCGUCAUACCAUCUUAUUCUGUGUCAUCGCCGAUUGGGUUUCUUUUUCUUGACACACAAUGCGGUUACUGUAGGCGCGCGAAUCAUGACUUACUGUCAGAAAACGUUCGAAAGUUUUACAAUAUCAUGUCAAGCUUCUGGAGACUCCAUAGAAAGCAAGAUGGUAGAUUUACUAAUCGUGUAUAAUAUAGCGGGUCAUCGCCAAUUGCAGAGUAAAUAAAUGUCUGUUCAUUCUACACUUAGUCGUGCUACGUUUCUACAAAACAAAUGGAAUCAACCUCUUGAAUUACAUCUCUGGAUUGCUGCCGAAACACUCCACGUGAUGAUGAUGAUUUAUUGGUAUCCCUUUGAAAAGGCGUGGUGACAAACAGUCACCUAGCCUGUGCUAGGGUUAAUCAGGUAUGCUGUAUACGCUUUUCAUUCUAGCACUCUUGCAUGCAUUUGUAAAUAUGUUUUUCCCUUGCUCAAAGCAACUUAUAAUAUACCUUUUAUCGCUACCUAUGCCUGUAACGAAUCCCCGGUUGUAUCAGUGACUUCCCAGAUAUUUUUCCGCCAAUAUCCUAAACGUCUCUUGCUAACCUCGACUGCUGACCGGUUCAUGCUUCCGACCACUUUAAAUUCACACGAUUCGGGAAGGUCUACGUCACCUACGGAUCUCACUGGGUGAAUUUCUUCGCUAUCCAACAGGAUCUCCUGAGUGGUCCCCGAAUUUUUCCUGCUUCAUACCGAUGCCUGAUAUUGUUGCGAAUAUUUUCUCCAUUAUAAUUGUGCCCUUAGGCAACCAGAUCGAACCUCAAAUAGCAAAGCACUGCCCUUUGCGUUUCCCUUCGGAUCUCUUGCUUCCUAUUCUUGUGAUUCUCCAUGGUAUUUUUAUUUGUAUUCUUUGCAUCGAAUUCACUGUAUCUGUUUCUCUCACUUUCUUUUUGAUUACUCGUCUUUGCCCAUCUACACUUUCAAUUACCCUGUACUUGGCUUUCAACUUUCUGUACCUCUUCAUUAUUUCCGUGUGCACAUUUAUCGGGUAGAGACACUUGUGCACCAUAGCCACCCGUUUAUUUUGAUCCACGUUCCUAUAAGGCUUUCCUCAGAACUAAAUUUGCUCUGUGGUUCUCGGACAUCAGAAGAGGCUGUACCCAUGUCACCCGGCACUGCCUCAUUUGUGGUUCCGUGGGCUCCCAAAGCCAACCAGCCUACUGAUCUUUGGUUAACUUCAAGCCACGAUACGUAAUCAAAUUUUAAGCACAGACUGGCAUUUGCUAACGUUGGCGCUGGCACCAUUACUCCUUUCCAAAUUUCACGCACCAACUUAAUUUAUUGUGGGCCAAAAGUACUCCACAAUUCAU